AUGUCCGAUAAAAGUUUUAAACGUCCCAGCAUUGCAAAUCGUGAUGGUUUGGUACUAUAUUGCAACCAGUAUAGCUACUUUUGUCAUAAGGUCUUGCAAGCACUGCACGUGAAAGGCAUUCCCUUCGAAAAGUACGAAAUCGAUGUGACGAACGAUGAACACUUUUCCGAAUGGUUUCUCGAGCUAAACCCACGUGCUGAAUUGCCCGUGUUACAAAACGGCCUACUUAUUGUGCCGGGUUCGAGUCGCAUUCUCGACUAUCUGGAGGAAAACUUCCCCAAAUCAAAAUCCCUUCGGAUGCCCAACGAUGCCGAUAAACAAGUGCUCGGCUUCCGGAAAACGAUCGAAAGCCUUCCGAUUGGUGUUCUUACCAUCGGUUCCUUCCUACAUCCCCAGCACACGGGCAGCCCCAAGUUUCCCUUCAUCCUACCGGUGCGCCAAACGAUCAUCGCGCGGGAAAGUACGCUUGCCGAUCGGCUACGGACCUACGCGGCCAACUAUCCUGCUUUCGGCGAAGGCCUUUCGAAAAAGGCCGACUUCCACGAGCGCAAACGUGGCAUCAUUGCGAGUGAGGAAUAUUUCUGCAAGCUGCUCGAGGCACUGGACGAAUUUUUGAACAACGUAGAGCAAUACCUAGCGACGAUCGACGACAACGAGCAGAAGUGGUUGUGCGGUACGGAAGUGUUCACGAUCGUCGACAUCUGCCUCGGUACGUUGCUGUACAGGUUGUACGUGCUGGGACUGGAGGAUCGCUUUUGGGGUGCGGACCGAAAACGUCCCCAGCUGGUGCGUUACUUUGCGAAAGUUUGCCAACAACCGUCGUUCCAGGAUGUGCUUCCGUCGAAGGUGUCGAUUUUACGCACCGUUUGGAUCAAUAUGCCACCCGUGUAUAAGGCAGGGCUGGCGGCAGUCUCGUCCGUUCUAAUUAGCUCCACUCUACUGAAGAGAUAGAUUUUCUUGUUGCCACAUAUAACUGAACACGAGUGUGACAGUUUUGUUGCCAUUUUGUUUACAAAAAUCAACCAUUUUGACGAAUUUCUACCAACUCUGUUCUAUUUUUUCGAUCUUU